AUGCCUCGUCGUCAAUCUAAUGCGCCAUCACACCCAGUGGUUGCAACCAUCGACAUUGGUACAACUUCAGCUCGUGCCAUUCUUUUUAGUGAAGAAGGUGCUGAAAUUGCUAAACAUCAAAUUGAAUAUUCCACAACUGCAUCUGAAGCUCCUGCAGAAUCUAAGAACACUGACCAAUUUAGAAGAAGAUCAUCCUUGAUGCGUCAUAAUGAACCAAUUUUCACUGCUGAAGGUAUUGCAAUCUCGAUUUCGGAUGAUAUUGAGAUUGAAAAUAAUGCUGCUAGUGUUGGUCCAACACUUCGUUUCCCACAACCUGGUUGGUCUGAAUGUAUGCCAGUGCAUGUAUUGGCCAAUGCUGUACAAUGUCUUGUUGCCUGUUUGAUUUCUCUUCGUAAAAUUAACUCGAACCCAGAAUUGAAAAUUAAAUAUAGAGUCAAAUGUCUUGGGAUUGCAAACAUGAGAGAAACCACUAUUGUAUGGUCUAGAAAAACUGGUAAACCAUUGAGUAAUGGUAUUACUUGGACCGAUACUAGAACGAAAGAAAUUGUUCAACAUUUGGAACGUAUGAUUGAUGAUGAGAAAAAGGAAGAAUUAAGACAAAAAACCGGAUUACCGUUGUCUACAUAUUUCUCAGGUGCUAAAUUGCGUUGGCUUUUAGAUAAUGAUGAUACUAUCAGAGAAGAAUAUGAUAAGGGCAAUGGUAACCUUAUGUUCGGUACUGUUGAUACCUGGUUGAUCUAUCAUCUCACAAAGGAAAAGACCUUUGUUUCUGACGUUACCAAUGCCUCUAGAACAUACUUUAUGGAUUUAGAAACUAGAGAUUAUGAUGAUGAUUUAUUGGAUUUCUGGGGAAUUGAUCCUUCGAGAAUUUGUUUACCAAAAAUUGUAUCAAGUUCUGAGUUUUAUGGAUCAUUUUCAGCUCCAAACUUAUCGAAUCUUGGAUUCCACAAUAGAAUCACACAAGAAGCUUAUGAUAUCUUAAAAACUAUUUCCGGUGUUCCUAUUUGUGGUUGUCUUGGUGAUCAAUCUGCUUCUCUUGUAGGCCAACUUGCCGUGAAACCUGGUUCAGCCAAAUGUACAUACGGUACAGGUUGUUUCUUAUUGUACAACACUGGUACAAGAAAACUUAUCAGUGACCAUGGCACUUUAACUACGCUUGGUUAUUGGUUCCCAACCCUUGAGGGAGAGGACGGAAAACCACAUUAUGCAUUAGAAGGUUCCAUUGCGGUUGCUGGUUCCAUCAUUCAAUGGCUUAGAGAUAACUUAAAAUUAAUUGAAAAUGCUAAAGAUGUUGGUCCAUUGGCUUCACAAGUUGCUAAUUCAGGUGGUGUUGUAUUUAUUCCAGCCUUUUCUGGUUUAUAUGCUCCUUAUUGGGAUGGUGGUGCCAGAGGUACUUUGUUUGGUAUGUCCCAAUACACCACUUCCAGUCAUAUUGCCAGAGCAGCUUUAGAAGGUGUUUGUUUCCAAGUUAGAGCCAUUUUAAGAGCUAUGGCUAGUGAUGCAGGUGCAAGUGAAGAUUUCUUGGAAGAAGCCCUCACAAAUCAAAAUGAAAAGAAACCAUUGUCUAGUUUGGCUGUAGAUGGUGGUAUGUCUAAAGCAGAUGAAGUGUUGCAAAUUCAAGCUGACAUUUUAGGGCCAUGUGUCACUGUCAAGAGAGCCGCAAUUUCUGAAUGUACCGCCUUGGGUGCUGCUAUUGCUGCAGGAUUAUCAUUCAAGAAUGAAGAAGAUAGAGUGUGGAAAAAUUUUGAUGAUGUGAUUGAAAAAGUGAGUGCCCAAGACGCUCAUACCAAUGAUUUCAAGGCGGAAUUGCCGGACGUUGACAGAAGAAAGAUCUGGAAGAGAUGGGAAAAGGCUAUUGAUAGAGCAAAAGGUUGGUUAGAUGAAGACGAAUAG